AUGCUACGUGGUGAUUGGUUGCGGCGCGCUAGCACAGUGGCUACAGGGAGUUGGAGAGUCCUUGCUCUGCACGGAUUGGUUGCCAGGAGGCGUGGCGACUCGACCGCUACAGACGCAGGAAGAGCCAUGGGUCAAGCGGCCAAGGUUCUACAGCUCUUCAAAACAUUGCACAGGACCAGACAACAAGUUUUUAAAAAUGAUGUCAGAGCACUGGAAGCAGCCAGAAUAAAGAUAAAUGAAGAAUUCAAACGUAAUAUAAGUGAAACAUCUCCCAAGAAAAUAGAAGAGUUGAUGAAAAUUGGUUCCGAUGUUGAAUUGUUACUCAGAACAUCUGUUAUACAAGGUAUUCACACAGACAACAAUACAUUGAAAUUGGUUCCUAGGAAAGACCUUCUUAUAGAAAAUGUGCCAUAUUGUGAUGCACCAAUUCAAAAGCAAUGA